CCAGUGUCCUGGCGCUCACCUGCGCUCAGCGAAUCAAGUCGAGGCAGAUUGUGUGUCUUGGCAUCGAGCGCGCGCGACCGUGCCAGUCGUACACAGCGGAGCGCCAUAAACAAAAUUCGCGAUGGAAAUUGGCGCCAAAUCUGUGAUCUGACGCGGUGCCAAAUAAAUUGGUGAGCUGCGUGGACGUCAAGUUAGGUGAGGCGCCAAGUUGGCAAUUGCGAACGUUGGUCACGGGAAAGAAGACACGUGGUUUGGAUUGAUAAGUGGUCUUUCAAUUGACGGACGCGAAAGGUGGACUGUUGCAACGCCCCUCCGCCCAGCGCCAGUGACAUACGGCAACACAGAAGUCCAAGAGGUCUGGAGCGGCGAUGGCGACCGCCUUCUCUCUUCUCUGUGGUGAUUGCGGCGUGCAGUUGCGCUCUAUGAAGGAGGCCCAGGAUCAUGCGGAGGCUUUCGGGCACUCCAACUUCAAGGAAUCGACGGAAGCGGUCCUGAGUUUGGUCUGUGCCACGUGUGGAAAACCUUGCAGAAGCAAGACGGAAGCAGAUCUGCAUACAAAGCGGACUCAACAUGCUGAUUUUGUCGACAAAACGAAGGAAUCAUCAACCGCAGUUCAAUUGGUUGUGGAGAAGGAGAAGAAACCCGUCGAGUCUUUGAGGCCCGUGUUGGAAUCUGCAGAGCCCCAGGCAGGGCAGACUGACGUCGAAAUGGCAACAGAGGGCGAAGCAGGAGGUGUUGAGAUGGUGGUCCCAAUGGUGAAUCGGACAGUGUUGGCCGAGCUUGAAGAAAUGGGGUUUCCCAAAGCUAGAGCAACACGGGCUUUGCAUUUUUGUGGACGUGAGGACGUUGAAGCUGCUGUAAAUUGGAUUGUUGAGCACGAGGAGGAUCCAGAUAUCGAUGAGAUGCCUCUGGUUCCUGCAGAUGCAACGGCUGCGAAGCCCAAGCCACUGUUGACACCAGAGGAGGCAAAAGCAAAGGCAGCUGAAUUGGUGGAGAGAGCGAGGAAAAAGAAAGAAGAGGAGGAAAAACGGAUGGAAAGGGAAAGAGAGCAGGAACGUCUUCGCAUUGGAAGGGAGAUGAUGGAGGCAAAGCGGAUUGAAGAGGAUCAAGAACGCAAGAGGUUGAUUGAACUCAGGGCAAGGGAAAAGGAAGAGGAGAGGCAGGCAAGAGAGAAGAUCCGGAGGAAGCUCGAAGAAGACAAGGCGGAAAGGCGAAUGAGAUUAGGAUUGCCUCCAAAGGAGAACACUCCCGAACCACAGCCCACACCAGCUGCAUCAGCACCGGAAGUGAAGAAGCCAUUUGUGCCAGUGAAACCUGCUUCCAAGGCGGAGCAAAUGCGUGAUUGUUUACGGAAAAUGAAACAAUCUCAUAAGGAUGAAGGGCCGCGAGUGAAGAAGGCGUUUGAAACAUUAAUGACCUACAUUGGAAAUAUAGCCCGUUCACCAGGAGAGGAGAAGUUCCGCAAGAUCCGCCUCGGAAAUCCCUCGUUCCAGGAGCGCGUGGGGAGCCUGGAAGGUGGGAUUGAUUUUCUGCAGCUUUGUGGGUUUGAGAAGCAGCCUGAUGGGGAGUUCUUGGUGAUGUCGAAGGAGCAUGUCGACUUGAUGCUUCUUCGUACGGCUGGAGGGGAAUUGAACUCUGCCAUUGUGAACCCCUUCUUUGGUGUUCUGUGAGUUUGAGAAUUUGGGUAGCUGGGAGGGUGGUAGGGUGUUGAGGUUGUUUGUAUACCCCAAAGUUUGAACACUGGUUAGUUUGUCUCAUCACCGCAUCCCUCAGUGAGAAAUCUUGUACGAGAAAAAUAAUGUUCACAAUUUUGAAUGCGAUCUUCUCUGACGUACCAUCAUCAUACCUGACAUUUGCCCCUAUCGCUCCUGUGGCAGGUGGGAUCUCCCUGCCAUGUGGCUGUUCUCUCUCGGUGUGAUAGCACUGUGCGGUUCGACAGCACCGCACGAUGUGCAGGAGGUUCCUUGUUAAUAGUUGUUAUGAAAAGCGAUGGCUAAUCUUUGAAUUUUGUACGAUGACUGAUCACAGCCGUGACUCGUUUCUGCAUAGCUUCGGUGAUGUUUGGAAGGUGAGCAAUCAUUCCGUGUUCGCUGACAGUAUUGCGCUCCGUCUUUAUCUAAUCCUGUUUGGCCAAACCUAUUGCUCCCGUAUGAGUGGUGAAGUGCCGGGUUCGUUCAUCUAGAUUACCUAUGGCGGGCUAGGAACCAUCUCCAUGCCCUCUUGUCAGGAGGGAACCCUCUCCAUGCCCUCUUGUCAGGAGUCUCACAUCUUCAGAACGGAAAGUUCGCUACCCUUAAAGAUUGAACCCUUCAUUUUGUCAGGGGUCUUGUACCUUUGGGAACAAAAACUUCUGCCCUUCUACGGAUUCUGUGGUUCCUCUGAAGCAUAGAGCGUCUGCCUGUCUUAAUAUAGGGAAGAUCUGUCAAAGUGCACUUACUUAUCGUGCCAAGCAGAGGCGAAGGGGGAGUGUUCAAUUUGUGAGGGAGAAAGAGUAGACAGGUCGGCAAUCCGUUCGUCCUCGUCUUCCUUGCCCUUGCCCUUUUUCCAUUCUGACCAUUGAUGCCAUACUCCUAUGCUGAAAGGUAUAUCCCCCCCCUAUUCGUCUGCGUUCUUGAUGUCGUUGCUCCUGUCCUCCUUUCAGUCAGGCCCUCAGCAUUGUGAUUAGCCUCUUGCUGCUGCCCUCUUAUCCUAAUGUUUGUGACGCUCAUUCUUCACUUCCCGUCCUCGUGCCCAAAGUG